UAAUUGAUUAAAAAUUUGGAAAAAAAAAAUCAACGAAUUUUGUAUUAGUUCAUGACCGUGUUCCCAGCACAAAGCAUCCAAAGCUGGCAAUCAUACUGACUAAGCCACGACCCCAAUAAUUAAUCUAUUAAUCAAUCUCCAACGGUCGAUAAUUUAGUAAAACCCCAUUGAGCCCACCAACGUUCACUAUUUCUCCUGUAACGGUUACUUCUUCUUCUUCCACUGUCCGCCUCUUCAGCUCCAAAACCCACCAAUCUCUCUCUCUCUCUCUUUUGCCCCAUUGAGCUGGUUGUUGUACAGCUCGCUUUCUUUCUGGGAUUUUGUCUGUGAGAUUUAUGGAACCAGCAAAAAUCGAUUGGAAAAGUUUAGAGUGGAGAUUCAUAGAGGACAAAUACUACGAGCAAAUAAACGCGCCCAAGUGGUUCGAUUUCUUGAACCCCAAUGAUAAUUCCGUCGACGAUCAGGCCUGGUUUUGCCGACCCGGAUGCAAGCAUCCGAAGACGGCUGAAGAUUUUCUCAAGUCAUCACCUCCCAAGGUUCCGAGCCCAGCUGUUGUUCCUGAAGUUUCUCCACUUGGUGAUAAAGUCCAGAGAGAUGUGAAACUGAAGAGAAGAGGGUUGAAUCAAUCUUCGAUUUACCCGACUAAUAAUUCAAGAUUCAAGGAAGAUAGUGAAAAUCAGAACCCCAAUGUAUCAACCCCUCCAAUGAACCAAGCUAAGUCCAUGAAGGCAACAAUCAAAUCAAGCACAGAGAAGAAGCAACCAAUUGAGAGCACCCUGCCGAACGAUGAGGUGCUUCCUAAGCUGAGAAGCACGCUGUCAGCGAGGAAUUUAUUUGCGGGGAGGGAUCUUCUGAAUCAGAUUACAGACUUCUGUUCUGAAUUGAAGAGAAUGGCUAUGAGAGUGAGGGAGGGAGAGGAUGUGGAGAAUUCGGAUGUGAGGAAAAGCCCAGCGGGCUUGAAGGAAGAGGUAGUGAAGGAGGAGGAGGUGUGUAACCGUGAGGUUUUUGGGGAGUUGAAAGGGAGGGAAACAGAGAGAAUGCCGCUGUUUGAGGUGGAUAAGGGAAAACUGAGAGGCAAACGGAGAGAACUCCAUUGCUGGAGAUUAAUAAAGGGAAAAAUGAGAGGCAAACGAAGAGAACGCCAUUGCUUGAGAAGAGAUGACGAGGCAGAGAACGUCCCAAUCCCUCUAAGUUUAGAGAAUGUUAAGCGCAAAGGGGGCGAGAGCUUGUUGCAAAUCCGGACCAACCCUCCUUCUCCUCAAUGCUUUUCUACAACAAGGCAUCCUAGCAAAAUCACACCUUCACAAGCUUCCAAGUCCAAGCUGAUGGAAAGGGGAAUUCUUGGAGAGGCAGAGCAAAACAAAAAGGUAGUGGCGAGCAAGGACGAUUCCGCAGAGAAAGGCAAAAACGUUUGUCUAGUUGAUGGAAGAGAAGCUAGAGCCCUCGACGUUUUCUGGUUUCUAAAACCUUGCACAACACCUUCCACCUAAAACAUUGAUCAACAUUUCACAUCCAUUGUUUCAUUCUUUUGAUUCUUUUUCUUAUUCUCUUGGCUUUCUUACCAUUCCUUAAUUCUUUCGCCCUCAUAUGGUCUGUAGUUUUAGUUUUCUUCAGACAACUCUAUAGUUGGUAAAUAAAACUGUAAUGUACUGAACAGACCCACACAAUAAUGGUACUGAGCUCAGUUCCGAUGAAUAAAAUUUCGAUUUUUACCA